AUGAAUGACACAAAUGGACAAGUGGUCGCUGGUGGCCAUGGCGGAGGAAAUAGAUCGGAUCAGUUGAAAAAUCCAAUCAAUUUGUUAAUCGACAAAGAGACGGACAGUCUCAUUAUUUGCGAUCGAUGGAAUCAACGAGUUGUACAAUGGCCUCGUCGUAGUGGGACAACACAAGGAGAAAUUCUCCUUGACAACAUCUUCUGUUCAGGAUUGGCUAUGGAUGAUCAGAGAUAUCUCUAUGUCUCUGACACCACGAAAAAUGAAGUAAGGCGAUAUCGAAUAGGAGACAAGAAUGGAACUCUGGUGGCUGGUGGCGAUGGUACCGGUGAUGGUCUCAAGCAACUAAACACUCCGUACUACAUUUUUCUCGAUAAACAACAGUCUGUCUACGUAUCUGACAACAUGAAUAACCGUGUAAUCAAAUGGGCUAAAAAUGCGAAAGAAGGAAUAGUCGUCGCCGGAGGUCAAGGCGCAGGGAAUAGUAUGAAACAAUUAUCGUCCCCUGAAGGAGUGUUUAUCGAUACGUCGGAUAACCUCUACGUGGCAGAUGAAAGGAAUGAUCGAGUGAUGCGCUGGCCUAAAGGAGCGACACAUGGCACCGUUAUUGCAGGUGGAAAUGGCCAAGGCUCAGGAGCAAAUCAGUUGAACGGUGUCAACGGUGUAUUCGUGGAUCGACAUGGCAACCUCUAUGUCGCCGAUACUGAUAAUAAUCGUGUUCAACGUUUCUUAAUUGAUUAG